UCUACCCUCCUCACCUCUCUCUCUCUCUUUGCCCUCCUAUCUAUGACUAUCCCUUCAAAUCCUACCCAUCUUUGUAACACUGCACUAUUUCACCAAAUGUCACUCACCACUCAUCAUCAAAUAGAGCCUCAAUCUCAAAUUCAAUAGAGGAGUCUCUUCUUUUUCUUCUCUCUGUCAUCAUCUUCAACCUACUAUCUCUUCGAAGAAGCACCAGAAAACGAUCAAUGGAAGAGGUUUGGAAAGACAUAAACCUUGCUUCCUUGAAUGACCACAACACUCACCCCUCCACAACCCAUUCCACCUUUGGGGGUGCAAUCUUUCAGGACUUUCUUGGUGGACACUUUCCACCAAACACCACCGUCUCUUCUUCCUCUCUUUCUGCUUCUCCACAAAGCACCUCUCUGUAUUCCCCUGCUCCACCACUCGUCACCGCUCUCAGCUUGAACUCUCGCCCUGACUUCGCGUUUGAUCCUCUCAGGCCCAACAACAAAUCACAGUUACCGCAACCCCUUCACCACCACCACCACCCUCCCUCAAAGCCUUCUUCCCCUUGUUUCCCCAUUAAUCCACCUCCACCUUUCGACAACCACCUCCCCUUCACUUCCCCACUACCCUGUUUUGGAAGCAACAAGAGGUUCGCUGAACCUGCUGAUUACGGCCUCGGGGACAGACGAAACAAGCGUAUGAUCAAGAAUCGUGAGUCUGCUGCACGAUCAAGGGCUAGAAAGCAGGCUUACACAAAUGAGCUGAAGCAUAAAGUUGAUCAUUUGCUGGAAGAAAAUGCAAGGCUCAAAAGACAGCAACAAGAGUUGUGGGAAGCUGCAGCGGGUCAACAAAAGAAGAAGAGCAACCUAUACCGAUCAGCUACAGCUCCAUUUUGAGAAGUAUCUAGUGGUGAUACACCUGAAGAUCUUACCCAUUGUGUUUUGUUUGUGUGGUUGUGACUCAUCCACCUUUUAGUUAAUUAAUCUAACUUCCUUUUUUAGAUAGUGGUGCUUUGGGGAUGAAUAGAUCUAUAUAAGGGAAGAAUCGAUAAAGUGCUUUUUUUUGUAUGGGGACCUAAUGAUAAUUUUGAUGGGUGCAUUGUUUUCCUUGUUUAGAUGUUGUGGAUUCUUUGUCGUUUGGGGAAAGUGAAUGAGUGAAUGGGGUAGAAGAUUGAUAAUGGUAGGGAAGGGAAUAGUCAAGAGCAGUGUUAUCAGACUCGGACCGGUGAUCGACUCGGUCGAGGUACUGGGUCAAUGAGUCAAUGGUUCAACCACUGGGUCACUGGUUGAACCGUUUAACUCGGUCGAUACUAAAAAAAUUAAAAAAAAUUCAUAAUACCAUAAUAAAAUGUCACAAAAUACCAUACACACAAAAGCAAUAAGGAAUUUUU